AUGACUGACGACAGUGAUCCUCUCUCAGACCACUUUGACAUACCCAACCCACAUGAUCCUCGUGCCCGGACUGUGCACUGGCUCUGGGCAUUGCAUCUGCUGCUUUCCCUCCUCUCUUUCUCUCCGCUAAUUGCAGCCUGGAGACUCCAUCGAUCCUCUCCUACCGACCGUAAAUGUGCAGAACAGCUAUCAGCAUAUUGGAAGUGCAUCGCCCAUUUAGACAAACCAAAAAUCAUAUAUACCGAUGUCCGCUUCCAAGGAAGCCUCUUCGACACGAACCCAUACAAAGGAUUCCCCAACCCACACCUGGACGCGGCAUGGGGCCACAUCACUCACAUGGCUCAGCUGAGAAUCUCGGCAGCAGACAUGCCCCGGCUCAAGAAACCACUGACCCAGGUGAAGGUGGCCGAGGCCGAGGGCGAUGGGUAUGCGGGCGGGAUCGAGGUGUUGCAUCAGCUCCACUGCGUCAAUCUGGUCCGACAGUAUACGUAUUACGACUACUACUCUCAGCUGGAUAAUAAGCCGGCAGAGUUCCGCGAUUCGAAUGAGACGCUGCGGUUGCAUGUUGAUCACUGCAUCGACAUGUUGCGACAAGUGAUACAGUGCAACGGCGAUGUCGGGGUGGUGACGAGGAGCUGGAUCAAGGGUCGCGCCAUCAGCUACCCGGACUUCAGCGUAUGGCAUAAGUGCCGGAAGCUGGAGCCCAUCGCAGAGUACUCGAAGGCACACGAGAUUGACACGGAACCCAUCAAGCUUCCAGAUUCUCUGGAACUCCCGGAGCCGCCAUGCACGAAUGCUGCGCCCGAUGAAGUUUGUCCGUAG